GUUCAUACAUUCCUGAGAUCAUAUUCUUUCUUGUACCGUAUCUGACACCUAAGUGUAUUUCAAUAGGUUCAACAACCUCCCAUUUCUCGAUGAAGUAUUUUCUCCAUUUUGUAUCGGUAUUAAAAUCGGAGAAUGGAUUAUGAAAACUAUUAAAAACAUCUUUAACUGAACUUCUACUUGUUCUACAUGGAUGCUUAAUACCCUCUGAGGCCUCAUAAUAACACAAUGAACAGAUUAUAAAACUAUAAACUAUGCACAGUUUUGAUAUGCACAGUAAGCUUUUAAUGUCAAGAUAUUUUAGGACCCGUUAUAAUGAUGAAUGUGGAAAUGAGGGGAAGGAGAAGUUAAGCCUUACACCAUAUGCCAGAACGGAAGAAAGAGACAUUUGUCAACGUUUAAGGAUUUUAUUUAGUCAACAAAGUCCCGUAAAGCUUCACCAUGUGGAACCGUAUUGUUCUUCUCUGGGCCUGCAUUCGUAUCGCUGUUGGUGGUGGAGCUCCACGGAAAAUUACUGGAUACAGAGGAGAGAGAGUUGACAUCAGAUGCUCAUAUGAUUCUAGAUAUGAAUCAAAUUCAAAGUAUUUUUGUAAAGGGGAGUGUAUCUAUGGAAAUAAAAUCAUCAUGGUUAAAUCAGGAUCUCCAGCUGAAGACGAGAGAUUCUCUCUGACUGACGACACGACGGCCAGAGUUUUCACCGUCACCAUCACUGAUCUGAGAACAGAGGAUCAAGGCCAAUACUGGUGUGCUGUGGAGAGGAGUAUUAUUACUGAUGUCUAUUCAGAGAUUUUGUUGCUGGUUAAACUGGAUGCAUUGGCUCAAACCCCUUUUCCCAAAACCUCUUCACCUGACACAGGUUCAAUUGGCAUCAUCGUCGCAGGAGUUUUGUUUUUGCUCCUGAUAUGUGCAGUAUUGUUUGUGUUGGCCAUACGAAAGAAAAAGCUGACUUGUGGUCUGGCAAUCUUCACUGCAAGGCUUCAUCUGUUAUUAAGAAAAGGAGAAGAGAAUGAAUACGAUAAAGCCCGAUUGUCCUGCCCGACUGUCCUGCCAAACUCAAACGCAGCUCAAAGUGAUAAUAGUUCGGCAGCAAACGAGAUUCCCACAAAAGCAGCCAACACCAACCUCUUCUAUAUAAAUGUUGCUGCUGCAUCGACAAACAGUCUGAGUCCAGAUCCGAUCUACACUGAACUGAACGCCAGUCGACAGAGUCACGUUUAUCAGGAUCUCACAGCUGAUUCUGCUCAAGAAGAGUCGAUCUAUCACAGCAUUGAUAAAAAACAGACUGAACUCAGGAUCAUUCUUCUGGGUAAAACUGGAUCAGGAAAGAGUUCAACGGGAAACACCAUCCUGGGUCAAGAGUGUUUUCAGAAGAAACGUUCACCAGGGUCAGUCACUAAAACCUGUGAGAGAGGAACAGUAGAAGAGGAUGAUCAGACCAUCUCAGUCAUCGACACUCCAGGCCUGUUUGAUACAACAAUGACAGAACAGCAUCUGAAGGCUGAGAUUGUGAAGUGUGUGGAGAUGUCUGUUCCUGGUCCUCAUGUGUUUCUGCUGGUCAUCAGACUGGACGUGCCAUUCACAGAUGAAGAGAAAAACACAGUCAAAUGGAUUCAGGAGAACUUCGGAGAAGAAGCUGCACAUUACACCAUCAUUCUGUUCACUCACGCUGAUUCACUGGAUCAACAAUUAGAGGACUAUAUCAGCGAAAGUAAUGAUCUCAAGGCUGUUGUUAAUGAGUGUGGGGACAGGAUUCACUCCUUCAAUAAUAAUGAAACUGAGAACCGCUCUCAGGUCACCAAACUACUGGAGGAGAUUGAGAAGAUGGUGGAGAAGAAUGGAGGACAACACUACACCAAUGACAUGUAUAAAGAAGCCCAGAAAAAAAUUGAAUGGGAGUCUCGGAAACAAAAACUGAUAGAAAUAGGAACAACAAUAUUAACAGUAGGAGGGGGAGUAGUAGCAGUAGCAGGAGGACCAGGACGAGCACGAGCAGUAGCAACACUUUCGUCGCGCCGCGAUGACGCAAUCCGUCGAAGGGCGCGUCCAAACAAAAGAAAAAUAAAGCAAGAUGAAGACUCGCUGAACACAAACAGUACACUGAGCAGUUCACAGUCUGUGAACAUUACAGUGAAAGGAACAGAGGGACGAGGAGUGAGCAUUACCUGCCCUUAUCCAGAAGGAUUUAGAUAUGCUUACAGUUACAAAUACUUCUACCGAGGAUAUUACAAAGAUCGGGUCACGAUACUAGAAUCUGAUGGAAUGCAGACAUUUGUGAUGAAUGGCAGAUUCUCACUGCAGGAUAAUCGUCAGACCAGUUCAUUCACAGUGAGCAUCAGUGACCUGAAGAUGGACGAUGCCGGACCGUACGGCUGUAAAGCUGGACAUGAAUAUGAAAAUUACCAUCAUGUGGAGGUUAUUGUGAUCAGAGCUCCAGAGACAACAACACGGGUCCAGAUCUCGACAACCAGCAUUAGUCCAUAUACACACAGCAACACUGAACACACUAACACAGCGUUGUCUUUAGAUCUGGCUUCUGUUGCUGGCGGUCUGGGUUCGGUUCUGCUGGUUCUGACUCUGUGUUGUGGAACCUUCAUCAUCCUGAAGAAGAGGAAGAGGAAAUCUGGGACAGCUUUAUUUCAGCAAAACAUGCAGCGCAAUACAGAGACUGACCUCAUGUAUGAAGAGAUUCCAAACAGUGAUGUCACCGUGGUAACAUCUUCAUCCAAUCAGUCGCCUGCAUCUUCAUCCAAUCAGACGCCUGCAUCACACCACAACAACUGCAAAAAUGUCUCUGAUGUUUACGCCACAGUAACCAAACGGCAUUCUGAUUCAAACCCUAGUCACACCCACUCGACCAAUCAGGUGACAGAUACAGCCGGUGAUUAUUAUGCCAGUAUAAAGCGUCCUGACGCAACACAGGACAGCGGGAUAGAAAUGAUCUACACAACGGCAACAAAUCCAAAAAACAUCUCAAACGCAACUAACGAGGGUCUGAUAUAUUCAGUGAUCAACUUUAAAUGAAAAUGCCUGUCCAAAAACAUUUCAGAUUGAUGAUCCAAAAAAAUAAAAUUGGGUACAAUGCUUUUGUCACACUUUUUUUUUACUAUUAUCAGUUUAUAAAGUGUAUAAUAUUACUUAAAUGUUUCUA